UUGAAUUUUGUUGAGAUCUUCGGAUUUCGGAGAAUAAUUUAACAGAAAAAUCUUAAAAAUACUGAAUAAUUAAGUAUGUAUUUUAUUAGUUUUUGUACAGAAUGGAAGAAGAAAUAAAAAUAGAAUACUAUGAAAUUGAGGAACAGGACCCAUUAUCUCAGGAAGCCAAUUCACAAAUUGUAAUCAAUAAGGUCACUCGUAAAGAACCAAGUUUAAUCGCAAUCAGUGGGGAUAAUUACAUAGUCAGUGGUGAUAAUUACAUUGCCAAUGAGAGUGCGGAAAUUACAGAUAAUGUAGAAAGUGUUCCUAAUAAGCAUGGAAAUCGAACUUUAAUUGAACUAAAUGAAUUCCAUAUCAUAAGCUCCAGUGUUGAUAUAACUAAUAAUACCAAAGUGGUAGAAAAAGAAUACUGGUACAAAUCAAUUGACAGUUCAGGGAAAUAUGUGUGUAAAUUCUGUAACCAGUCAUAUUCAACUGUUACAACUCUCAGAUACCAUGUUCAAAACAAACACCCCGCUGAAGGUAAAGAAUUGAAAGAGAAAUUAGCAAAAACGAAUCACUCUUUCCAAAAAUGUUACAUCUGCCAAAAUGCAUUCGGAACAUUAGAAGAAUUACACCGUCACAUGAAAACUAAUCAUCUCAUUGAGGAGAAUACAUUCUGCCACAAAUGUCGAGUAGUGUUUGUUGACAACGAAAGUUUAGUGCAGCAUUUGAAGAUUGUACACAAAUUGGUCGGUUCCAAACUCUACUCUUGUUUGAUGUGUGGUUACAAGACUCAUAAACUAUCUCAUUAUAAUCAACACCAAAAGAAUCAUUCGGAAAUCAAAAUGCAUAAAUGUGAAUUGUGUAGUUAUGCUACUAACAACGCGUCCAACUUCAAAAUACAUAAACGGAUUCAUGAAAAAUCUAAUAAACCGUACAAAUGCGAACACGAGUCCUGCAGAUAUUCUACGGCAUCUCUAUCAGCAUUAUAUACACAUAAAUUAAUACAUAAUAAGGAGGAUAAUUUUAUAUACUGUGAUAAAUGUACCUAUAAGACUGUCUAUAAGCAAUCAAUGACGAAACACUUAGAUUCUCAUGCUAGGGAUACCAUAAAAACUACAUUUAUAAGAAAUCCGGAUGAAAUAUAGAAAAAUC